AUGGCUGCCAGUGGUCCUGGAGCCCCUCGCCUAUUCUCCAGAGAGCCUGAAACUUUCCAGGGAGAGGCAUGGCUAGCCCUGCUGGGUGUGGACUUGGGGGCUGAGCAUAAAGAUCCUAGGAGAGGCUACUCCAAGCCUGGGUCCUGGGGCAGCUUCUGGGCGAUGCUGACCUUGGUGGGCCUGGUCACCCGUGCAGCCCAGAGAGCCGAUGUUGGCGGGGAGGCAGCUGGCACCUCCAUCAACCACUCCCAGGCGGUGCUCCAGCACUUGCAGGAGCUGCUGCGACAGGGCAACGCCAGCAAUGUGGUUCUGUGGGUGCAGGCUGUGGGCACCGGUGAGGUCCGGGUCUUCCACACCCACUGUCUGCUGCUGGGACUGCACAGUGAGCUGUUCCGGGAGCUGCUGAGUAACCAGAGUGAGGCCGUGCUGCAGGAGCCGAGGGACUGCGCCGCUGUCUUCGACAAGUUCGUCAGGUACCUGUACUGCGGGGAGCUGACCGUGCUGCUGACCCAGGCCAUCCCCCUGCACAGACUGGCCACCAAGUACGACGUGGCCUCCCUGCAGCGCGGCGUGGCUCACUACAUGCGCGCGCACCUGGCGGGAGGCGCGGGCCCGGCGGUGGGCUGGUACCACUACGCGGUGGGCACCGGGGACGAGGCCCUGCGCGAGAGCUGCCUGCAGUUCCUGGCCUGGAACCUGUCGGCCGUGGCGGCCAGCGCCGAGUGGGGCGCCGUGAGCCCCGAGCUGCUGUGGCAGCUCCUGCAACGCUCGGACCUGGUCCUGCAGGAUGAACUGGAGCUGUUCCACGCGCUGGAGGCCUGGCUGGGUCGCGCGCGGCCGCCCCCUGCCGUGGCCGAGGGGGCGCUGCGCGCCAUACGCUACCCCAUGAUCCCACCGGCACAGCUGUUCCAGCUGCAGGCGCGCCACGGCCCCGCAGUGGCCGACCUCCUGCUGCAGGCCUACCAGUUUCACGCCGCGUCGCCGCUGCACUACGCCAAGUUCUUUGACGUCAACGGCAGCGCCUUCCUGCCCCGCAACUACCUCGCGCCCGCCUGGGGCGCCCCGUGGGUCAUCAACAACCCGGCCCGCAACGACCGCAGCACCAGCUUCCAGACGCAGCCGGGCCCGAGUGGCCACGACGCGGGCCGCCGGGUCACCUGGAACGUGCUCUUCUCGCCGCGCUUGCUGCCCGUCAGCCUGCGGCCCGUUUACGCGGACACUGCGGGCACAGUGCUGCCCGCCGCGCGCCCGGAGGACGGCCGACCGCGGCUAGUGGUGACGCCGGCCAGCAGCGGCGGCGACGCAGCGGGCGUGAGCUUCCAGAAGACGGUGCUGGUGGGGGCGCGCCAGCAGGGCCGCGUGCUGGUCCGCCACGCCUACAGCUUCCACCAGAGCAGCGAGGAGGCCGGCGACUUCCUGGCUCAUGCCGACCUGCAGCGGCGCAACUCGGAGUAUCUGGUGGAGAACGCCCUGCAUCUGCACCUCAUCGUCAAGCCCGUAUACCACACCCUCAUCCGGACCCCCAAGUAG